AUGAGGAGUGAGGAGCAAAAAGGAGAAAUUAUGAAGAGAAAGAAAAAGCUGAAGGGUAAGAAGGAGAGAAUUAUGGAAGACUGGACGUGGAAGGAGAGGAAAAUGAGAUGGAGUAAAUUAACUUUUUGUUUUACAUGUGAUGAUACAAAGUCUUGUCAAAAACUGUGGGGAGGUCGAUUUGCUGAAGAUGUUGAUCCUGACUUUCAUAACCUAAAUUCAUCGAUUAAUAUUGACAAGCGAAUGUAUGCUGAAGAUAUUCAGGGGAGCGUAGCUUAUGCGCGUGCUCUUUGCAAGAUCAAUCAUCUCUCACAGGAAGAGAUGCAACUUAUAAAUGUGGCUUUUAAACAGAUACAAGACGAAUGGGACAAUAGCAAAUUUAUUAUAAAUCACGAAGAUGAGGAUAUACACAGUGCCAACGAACGAAGACUUUCGGAAUUAAUUGGUGACGUAGCGAAGAAACUACAUACUGGUCGAAGUCGCAAUGAUCAGACUGUAACCGAUACCAAAUUAUGGCUUAGAAAAUCCAUCGACAAACUUUUAUUAAGAAUCACGAAGUUCGUUGAGGUCCUCGUAAUUCAAGCGGAACAAGAUAUAGACGUACUUAUGCCUGGAUAUACACACAUGCAACGGGCACAGCCAAUUAGAUGGAGUCAAUGGUUGUUAAGCUACGCAUGGUACAUGAAACAAGACUUGGAAAGACUAUUAGAAGUGCGUAAACGUGUGAACAUUUUACCGCUUGGUAGUGGUGCAAUAGCAGGAAAUCCUUUUUCAAUCAAUCGUCAGUUUUUGGCAAUAGAACUUGGAUUUGACGAAAUUACUCAAAAUAGUAUGCAUGCUGUUGGAGAUCGAGAUUUUGUCGCUGAAUUUCUAUUUUGGUCAUCAUUAUCAGCGGUGCACUUAAGCCGUUUCUGUGAAGAUUUGAUUAUAUACAGCACUCAGGAGUUUAAUUUCGUCAAAUUUGCUGAUAAAUAUUCUACUGGCAGUAGUUUAAUGCCCCAGAAGCGCAAUCCAGAUUGUAUGGAAUUAAUACGAGGAAAAACUGGUACCAUAUUAGGAAAGUGUACCGGAUUUAUGAUAACACUGAAAGGAAUUCCAUCAACAUACAACAAAGAUCUUCAAGAAGAUAAAGAGAUAUUAUUUUAUACAUAUGAUACUUUAUAUCAAAUGUUCCAUAUUGCUGAGAAAGCAUUAAGUACCUUGAAAAUAAAUAGAGAAGAUUGUAAGAAUGCUUUGACAUCUGAUAUGCUUGCAACCGAUAUGGCAUAUUAUCUUGUUACCAAAGGUGUCCCUUUCCGAGAAAGUCACCAUUUGGUUGGAAAGGUUGUUGCUCUAGCUGAAUCACAAGGAAUACCUUUAUCAGGAUUAACGAUUUCACAAUUAAAAACAAUAAGCGAAGCAUUUGAAGAUAAUGUAUCGUACAUUUGGGACUUCAACUCCAGUGUGGAUCAAUACCAAACUACCGGUGGAACUAGUUUAAAAGCAGUGCAACAGCAAAUUAGUAAUUUGCGAGCUUGGCUACGUGAUUUUCCAUUUAAGAAGUAACUAUUUCUAAGAUUAUGACAUUGACGUUUAUGAUAUAUUAUUCCAUUUUAUAAAUAGAGAUCUUUUUAUUAAAAAAAAUUUGUUUUUAAAUUUAGGUCAAUAAAUGCGAAAAUGUACAUGCAAUUAACAUUGUUUUUCUUUUUCUUUCGUUUAUAUGUAAUUUUACAUUUCAUACAUGCAUGUUCACGUUUUUCUUAACGCGAGGUAGAGAGCUCCGAUAAUUUUAAGCCCCGUCAAUUUUAUCCUCCAAGGUUUCUCGUUGUUACGCGACUUCAGCCCAUAUUUGGACAUUUCUUCGAUUUUCGUUAACGAUUGGCGGAAAGGGGUGUUUUGGAAUCUAAAGACAAUCCUCAGAGCAUUUGUCGGACGUUCAAAUAAGCAUGUCUUACAGGUUCCAAAACCCUCUCUCUCGUUUCCUUAUCGAGAAAACUCGAUCGAGAAAACAGUAGUGAAUCAAUUCGAAUAAAGUCCGAGACAAGCGUGCAAAGAUUGUACUAAUAAGUCAACUUAAUAAAGUUAUUGCUG